CGCACAGAGACAUUCAUUAUAUACACACACUCCAAGUCCACGCGUGAAUGCACAGGUGUGUGCACAGAGACAUUCAUCAUAUACAAACACUCCAAGUCCAAACGUGCAUGCGCAGGUACUCCAAGUCGACGCGUCCAUACGUAGAUGUGCGCACAGAGACAUUCAUCAUAUAUGCACACUCCAGGUCCAAACGUGCAUGCGCAGGUCCUCCUAGUCGACGCGUGCAUGCAGAGGUGUGCGCACAGAGACAUUCAUCAUAUAUACACACUCCAAGUCCAAACGUGCAUGCGCAACUCCAAGUCGACGCGUCCAUACGUAGAUGUGCGCACAGAGACAUCAAUCAUAUAUGCACACCCCAAGUCUAAACGUGCAUGCGCAGGUACUCCAAGUCGACGCGUGCAUGCGCAGGUGUGCGCACAGAGGCAUUCAUUUUAUACACACACUCCAAGUCCACGCGGGAAUGCACAGGUGUGCGCACACAGACGUUCAUCAUAUACACUCACUCCAAGUCGACAAAUGCAUGCGCAGGUGUGCGCACACAGACACUUCAAGUCCAAACGUGCAUGCGCAGGUGUGCGCACAAAGACAUUCAUGAAAUUCAGGAUAUACACACACCACCUGCGCACAGAGACAUUCAUGAUAUACACACUCUAUGUCGACGAAUGCAUGGGCAGGUGUGCGCAUGCAUAUGGUCAUCUGGCGUGUUGUGUAGGGUGUGUUGCGAGUGACGUCCGAUUACCCAGUGUCGCGGGACAUCGUUUGCGACAAGCACUCGUGCAUCUUUGACGAGAAGGCAUUUCAAGUCGUCAACGACACCACAUUCAUGUGCACUCUGUGGUACGACAACGAGUGGGGAUACGCAAACAGGUAAGUAAGGAGCCAACAGGGAGAGGGGAAAGAAAGCUGUAAGUCUCAUUUGGGUGUGUCCGUGUCCAUCUGCGUCUGUCAGGGUGGUGGAUUCAGCCAUGCACAUGGCCAAGGUGGACGGCAUCUUGGUGUCCUGAGCAAAAGCUGUUGCCGUCCUUCGCUGCGUACGUGAGUCCCGCCUAUUGUUGGUGUAGAGCUGCCUCUUCGUGUGUCUGUGUGUCUCUCCCGCCCGCUAUCUGCGUGUCUGGGGGAGCUGCCCCGCGACAAACUGACUAAUAUGAGGUCGUAGUCUGGGCGGGUGGGAGAACAGGAGAUGAGCCCAUACGAGCGAGCAGCCCACUCCAUGGUUGUGCUCCAUGUUUGAGUGCACUUGCUGAGUGUGCGUGUGAAGUGAAGUGCCAGUGUGCAUGUAUGCGUAUGUGUCUGCAUUUUUGUGGGAGUGCGAGAGGGGGCCAUCGAUAGGGGGCCAUGCCAUUGUAGCCGUCGAUUUGCCUGCAUCCUGAGAAGCGUGGCGCAUGCAUACUCGGUAAUGUCUGCAUGUGUUUUGAUCCAUUGAUGUGGCAGGGGGGAGAAGAGAUGACUGAUAUCAACGUGCCGGGGAGCGGAUGGACGGUGACGGAGCUGUUGCGGGAUCGGGGUUUGUCGGUGUAUCUUCCUAUCGGUGCACUGGGAUAGGAAGGGCGUUUUUGUUUCGGUAGCACCAAUAUGAGUAGCCACUGCGGCGAGCGCGCGGUGUGUGCGUGUGUGUGCAUGCCUUUGUGUGUGUGGCUGUGUAGUUAGUGUGAGUCAGGCCGACUUGGUCGCUGCCUGUAUGGUUGCUCGCCUUUAAAGAGACACACAUGUACCGUCAGUAGCAUGGCCUCUGUUUGCGGUGUCCGUAUAAUCUCUGGUACAUACAUUCACAUCCACACAGAAACAGCGCAUGAGCUCUCUCUGUGCAUGCAUGUUUCUCCCUCCCUCUGUGCGUCCACCCUCCACCUCGUGUAUUCAGACAGAGGAAUUGGCUACCCCCCACCGACAAGGGAUGCAUGAAACAUGAACGCAUUCUCGUGACCAACUGUGAGGCAAAGAGCAUAAUGUCUGAGAAUGAAACCGAAUUUUUCUG